GGUGAUACUGUCUGCCGUGUCAGCUGGGACCUGUCAUUACCUACCAAGUCACAACAGCGAGGCUCACCUAAGAAUAUUCAUGCAGUAUAUUGGUACCGUUCUACUAUUCUGAGCGAUUCCUUUUGGAAGCAGAUACUCCUGAAAUGUGCGAAGAGGUUGCAAUGGGUUAAAAGGCCGUUGCGUUGCCCUACAUAUGGUGUGAAUGUGAUGGCUGCAUACACGGCCAUAGGAUACUGCCGACUUACAUAGCUGGUGGCAUGAUGUGUUAUAACAAUGACUGAAGUGGGCAGUGUGGGGACCCCAUCACUGGCGAAUGCACAUGGCUGGCGACAGUGUUUGUACUGCUCAGGACAAUCUUUCAAGUUGCCAAAUGACUUCAUCAAACACAUCCGGGAGUGCCACUGUGCCAAGGAGGGUGGGAGCUUUGUGUGCCGCUAUGGGUACAAUGGUGUAUGCUCCUCACUGCCUUUGGAGGGCGUGAGUGACCAGGACUAUGAGGACCAUGUGCUGAAGCACCAUGCAUUCAGCAUGCAUAGUAAAGCAGGGAGCCCUGGGGUUAUUGCCAAGCCACAGCCAGGGGGACAGGCAGAGGAGAAAUGGGGAGUGUUCUCCUCCACACAGAAUGUGGCUGCUGUGCUCAAUGACCCCAGGAAAGGAAUGAAGCGGGACUUCUUCACAAAGACAUGGGGAGAGGGAUUUGUAGAGGUACGGGACAUUCCUCCCCAUGUAACACUUCCGCAAGUUACCCCAAAACAUGUAGAGCCUUAUGUGAGGCGUCUUCGGCGACGUAAGCGGCUCCUGUCACGUCUUGCCUCCCACCAGGCUGGCAAGGCUCAGGAGGAGGCUGAAGAGUGGUCCCUGGAACCCAGCCCUAGGGUGAGUGACCAGCUGCCUCAGGAGGGCAUCCCUGCCAUCUUCCUCUCAAGCUCUUUCAACUUGGAGGAUCCAGAAACUUUCUACUCUGUCUUCCCUCACAUUACCUCAGCUGGAGUCUCCACCAAGAAUUCAAAACUCAUCCAGGAAAAGCUCUUCCACCACCUGGAGGCUGUGGAGUUAGACAUGAGCCGCCAGAUUGCUCGCAAGUCAUCGGCCUUCUUUGACACCAUGACCUACCUCAAUGCCCAGAUGGAACAGCUCAAGCUCAACCAUGCAGCUGUAUCUACCCUUAGAAGUGGAAUUUCUACACUCCACCAAGAAGCUGUCCUGGAGCCUGUGAAGCUUCUGGCACUACCAAGGAGGAGAGAGAACAUUUCCACUACCUGCAAAAAGUUGGAGGUUAUGAGUGCUGUAAGGGAGGUGCAGUCCACUAUACAGGAAAUGUUGGCAAGACAGGAAUUCACAGCAGCAUUAGACCUCAUCUCCACCACACAGGACCUCCUCCAUUCUGAACUCAGCACCAUUAGGAGUCUCAAGCACCUGAGCUCAGAGCUGUCAGAACAUGAGAAGCUGAUUGAUAAGAUGGUGAGUGCUGAUUUCACCAAAUACAUCACUGAGGACCUCAACCGCCCACUGGAUGACAUACAGCCCUUGCUGGAAGAGGAUCAUCUCAUCGCAGUGGUAUUUGGUGUCCUCCGCUUGCAGAAAUUUGAUUUCCUUGAUCACUUGAGAGAGGAAAUUUAUGCAGCCAUCAAGGCCACAGUGAAGCAGGUGGUGGUAGAGGCAGUGAGUGAGGUGGAGGUCGAUCAGGAAGCAGCGAGUGUAGCAGACCAGGCACGUGUUCUGAGUAUUAGUGUGUGGCUCACCCUCCUCUCCUCUGUGACUACCAGGCUUAACAUCAUCAUUGCAAGGGUCAAGGGCAUUGUGGAGGUAAUGAACCAGACCGUUCAGGCAGGUGCAGGAACUACGCAGCCCACUAUGGAGGGCAUCCAGGCAGCCUCUCUCGUCACUAUGAGUAGCUCAGAUGGAGAGAGAAUGCUGGGAGAGGCAGCAUGUGGCCGGGUGCUGGCAGGUCUGGGAGAGGUACUCUGUGCGGCUUGUGACUAUGCACAUGAUCGCUGUGCCAAGUUACUGCAUGCCAGAUCAAGAGAACAUGGCCUGGACAAGAUGACUGCAAGUGAGUUCCUGACACUUUCCCGUAUCAUUGAGGACUUUGUGGCCGACACGGAGAAGGUGUGUGGCCGCAAGAGUACUUCCUUUAGAAUGGGACUUCAAGGACAGGCUACUCGAUUCGUUGGGCGCUUCCAUGAAGAGCGAGAUGCACGGUACAAACUGAACAUGAAAAACGAGAGGUGGCGGGCUGUCUAUGCACCUCCUGAUUUGCAGCGCCUCCUUGACCACAUCUCAACCACAGACACUCUAGUCACUCCACCAGCAGCUCAGCCUAAUGGAGACUCCCCCAAAAACAAUACCACUUCCACCACCACCAUUACUAAUAACAACAAUAGCACCACCACCACAAAUGGCAUUGCGGAGCACAGCGAAGCAAACAACAGUAGUAAUAGUGGUGGAGGAGGAAGAGGAGGAGGAGGAGGAGUGUGUGGUGGGGUAAUGGUUGGAGGUGAAGAGUAUAUGGUGGUGGGGGUUUGUGUGGUGGUGGUACGACUAGUGGUGGAGUACAGUGAGUGUGCUGCCACCCUCCGCUUGGCAGCCUUGCAGCUCCUGACACGUCUCACUGACCUACUAAGAAGGUUCAACACUGACACCUGCAGGCUGCUCAUUGAGGCUGGUGCUGUGGCUCUUGGACUGAAGACUAUUACUACACGUAACCUUGCCUUGGCGUGGCGCUCCUUGCAGCUGCUCCUCACCCUUAUGCCUCGCCUCAAUGCCCAUUUCUCUACCCUACUUAAGCCAUCCAUUGUAGAGAAGAACAUCGAACAGGUAACAAGAGACUACAAACUGCAUUGUGAGGCCAUUGAAGAAAAGAUUGUAGGUGUGAUGAGUGACACAUUGGAGCGGCAGCUGUCCACAUGGGAGGCACGUUCCCCUGUCCCUUCACCCUCAUUUAGUGGCAUCCUCAAGGCACUGACCAAGCUGCAUGAAGCUGUCUCAGAUGUUCUCCCACCCCAGCAGAAAUAUCAGUUGUUUGAGAAGAUAACUGAGUCUCUCAAGAAGAAGCUUAAGGCACACCUGUCAAGGCUCAAUGUAUCCUCAGUUGGCCCACAAAGCUGGGUUGUGACAAGUGAGCUGACGUUCUACUUCAAUCACCUAGAGAGUCUGGGUCUGAAUGGUGUCAUGACACAAGAGCAGUUUACACAAGGACUUUGGCCACAGCGACACCCUUGGGGCCAGCAUGGGAAUCAACAGAAAGCUCUUCCCCAUCAAGAUCCACUUCUUCCUCUACUGGGGAUUCAUGGCCUCGGCGCCGCCCUUCGUGAUGGUGGUAGCGCGACAAAUGGGUGUGCCGUUGGGCGUGCAGGGUGUGGUGUCAGCCGUGAUCACUGCUGCUGCUGUGGUGGUAAGGCCUUUCAUUGCCGCGCUGGCAGACACCUUCCCAGCCCGACGCAAGGUGAAUGUGUGGUAACAGAUGCGUGGGACUGCUUUGCCUUCUGCCAGAACCACGAGCCAUGUCCUAUGUUAACGUAUCAUAGCAGCGGGUUUAAAUUUUCCCUUCAGCCUUCACACAAUGGCCUCGGAACAGAGCAGAUGGAAAACAUCACGACUUCAUUCCCAAUGACUACAAAUGAAUCUUUAAAGAUUCGACACCUUCAAGAGGUGACACCAGGACCUAACGUAUUGAAGGAGUGGCAAAGCAGCACAGAUCAUACGUGGGAGAAAGGAAAAGGCAAGGAUAUGGCUGACGGGACAUGGAACCUAAAGGAAAAUCAGACUAUGGUGUACAUAAUUGAGGGCGUGGAUGGAUGGUCCAGCAAGAUGGGGUUCAACGUGAGCAUAGAGUGUCAGGGCGGAGUGUAUGGGAAGGAAGAUGGAGACAAGGAGAUCUGCGAGCCUGCCGUGUUGAGCCAGGCUGGCUUCUGGAUUUACGUGGUUCUCCUGCUGGUGGCGUACAUCACUGCCACCACUGUGGAGUCCAUAUCUGACGCUGUAUGCUGUGACACUAUUGGUGAGGGCGGAAACUACGGGCAACAGCGUGUGUGGGGCGUGUUGAGUUACGGCUUGCUGGGGGCGCUAAGUGGCUUGCUGGUGGACUGGCGCUCUGGAGACAGCACUGUCAGGGACUACAGGCCGGCUUUCUUCCUCAUGACCGCUUGCGGGGCCCUUGACCUCCUUCUGUCAGCAGCCUGCCUCAAGGUACCGAAACUGGAAGCUCAGCAGAAGGGGAUGCAAGCCAACUUGCGACCACUCCUUCGCGAGAUACACUUCUUCAUCUUCCUCGUGACCAUCUUCCUUAUCGGUUUAUUUGACGGUCUCGACACUGGCUUCCUCUUCGUGCUACAAGAGGACAUCGCUGAGCGUAUGGGUACAUCAGGUCAGCACGUUAACAUGGUGCAGGGUCUCACACUGUUGGUACAGGCUCUCUCAGCCAUUCCUUGCAUGUUCCUUUGUGACUGGUUCAUGCGGCGAUUUGGAGCCCAGAAGGUAAUUAGUACCGUGCUCUUCCUGUACUCGCUGAGGCUGCUUGGUCUGGCCGCUGCGAGUCACUUGGGCGUACUUUGGGUCACUGCGCUCGUCGAAAUGAUCAACGGACCCUGCUUUGGCCUAGGUUAUACCGCUAUUGUUGUCCACGCCUCCUCCCUCGCCCCACGUGGUUACUCCACCACCGUUCAGAGUGUAGUGGGCGUCUGCUACGGCACUCUGGGAUACGCGGGCGCCAGUUUCGUGGGCGGCGUGAUGUACGAGGUGAUGGGUGGGGAGUGGUUGUACUUGGUUACUGGAGCAGCUGCCUUCUUCACCUGGACACUGCACCUCUCCUACAUAACUGUGUGCCCACCAGUUACGAAGACAGAGGAAGUCGAGCCAGCAGAGACAAGACGUAAGAUAGAUCCAGAAGACCCUCAUGCAAUGGUACGGCUUGACAAUGCUUCCCUCCAGCUAGACCGAAAAGGAGAAUCCGCUGGAGGGGAAAUGCUAGCGAAGGAAGAGGAGGAGGUUGAAACUCUCCUGGAAAUUAAAGAGCCUCCAAAACCUGUCACAGAAGUGGAAAAGGAGAGGAGAGUGAAAGGCAAUUGAAGAAAUCAAGAAAGAAAACAUGUUUUGUGAUCAAUUCAGUGUUACAGACAUGGUCUGUGAGGAAAAGACAAAUUAAUGGUCCUAGCACAAUAUAUAUAUAUAUAUAUAUAUAUAUAUAUAUAUAUAUAUAUAUAUAUAUAUAUAUAUAUAUAUAUAUAUA